UCUGCGCAUGUGUUGUAAACAAACAUGGCGGCAAAUCAAAAUGAGAAAUAAGAAUUUUCUAAACAUUUAGCGUUUCCAGUGAUAAUACCACAUUUCCAAUAUUGACAGCCCAGUUUUUGAGAAGAAUUACAACAUGGCACAAUUGUGGCAGCAUCCAUAUGUAAAUGUCUUCAAGCAUUUUAAUGUUUCAUCAUGGAAGAAGGCCACAAAAGAAGGGAUGUCACCUCUUCAAUGGACAAGUCGGUGAAGUCAACAGUGUUGAAGAUUGUUGGAUCAAUUCCUGCUGGCAACUAUAUCCAGUUACCAAAGACAAGCUCUCAGUCCCUGGGCCUCACUGGACGAUACAUGUAUCUCCUCAUAAAACCAAUCCCGACAAAGUAUUUUGUUGUUCAUAUAGAUGUAGCUACACAGGAUAACCUCGUUGUAAGGAUUUCAUUCUCAAACUUGUUCAAGGAGUUUAAAUCAACUUCAACGUGGUUGCAGUUCCCGUUUGUAUGUAAAGCAACACGAGGAACUGUUCAUGCAGUUACUGCACUGACGGGUAAAGAAAACAGUGGUCCAGCCCCUCUGUCUACACGAUGGACAAUUCUUUGUCUGGACUUUCAGUACAUUCUAGCAAUGUAUCUCAAUAGAAAAUAUUCAUAUAUCAAAGGUGUACGCUUGUGUGCAAACAUGCUCGUGAAAAAUAUCUUUACCAGUGAUAUACAGUAUGAGCCAGGUAGGUCUUUCGUAAAAUUUUACUGAAUAAACU